AUGUAUAACGGACGAUCACAUACAACUAACCAGAAUGGUACUGUUGGAAAGACAAAAUCUACUGACAAAUCUAAGACAUUAGUUACACCACCUUAUUCAAGCAGUGUCGCUAGGCCUUUAGCACCAUGGCCUCGUGAUCAAGGUGAAGUGUCGGAAUUGUAUAAAGUUGUUCUCCAUCAUAAUACACACCCUCCAUUAGUUCAACCAGAUUCGUGGACAGUAGCUGCACCAUUUAAAGAACAAAAACAUGUUCGUACAGCUGUCGAAUCAAUUGCCAAUAAUUUUAGUCCACAAGCACAACGUUUAGAUAUACGAAAAUUACCACAAGCUAAACAAACCAUACCAUAUCCAGGCGAUGGUUAUUAUCGAGGAGUUGAAGACUUUUUAAAACGAACACGCGAGGAACCAGGAACACCACGUUGGAUACAAAAAAAACAAAAACGUGCACAAGAUUUUCGAAAAGAAAAAGCUGAAAAAUGGGUAAUGCCUCCAUCACGUCCAAUUUCACCAACAGAACAAUUAAAUAUGCUUUCUUGGCUCGAUACCGAAGAAUUACAUCAUAUUCCUGAACCAAAAAAAGAAGAAAUCGAACGAUAUUGGUAUUAUAUUUCGAAAGGUGUUCAAUCACGUAUGAUUGCACCUGAACCAGCUGAUCAAUAUAAUAAAUUUUGUUUACAUCUUUCAUCUAAAUUUACUCAACCAUCAUUAAAAAUUUUACAUGAUGAAUUAAAAAAUGAAAUUCAUACAAAUUAUGAUCUUGCUGUUCGAAAAGCCGUUGUUGAUUAUAUUCUAUUAGAUCCACAUGAACGAAAACGUGUUAAAAUUCAAAAUGUACCUAAAAUAUUUCGUUUACAUACAAUACGUGCACCAAUAGCAUGGCAUGAUACUAUGGAAGAAACAAAAAAAUAUUUAUUAAUAACAUUACAUACAAAUAAUCCAAUAAUGACAUUUUUACAAACACUUUGGGAUGAAACAUAUGUACAACAACGAUUAAUUAGUUUUCAAGAUCUUGUUCAUGCAUCAUUACCAAUGAUACCACAUGAUUUUGAAAAAUUUAUUGAACAACGUGUUAAUCAAAUGAGACAAACUCUUAUAUCACAAUGGCUUAAUAGUUGUAGUCGAAUAGUUGCUGAAAAUCGCCAAUAUUGGGAAUCUAUGGUUCCAAUGGAAGAUGAUGAUAGUACAGAAUUAGUUGAAUCAUUUUUUAAUACAGUUGCUGCUCGUAUGGCUACACAUAUACGUCAAUUAGUUAAUUCUUCACUAGAAGAUUUUGCAAAAUUUUUUGAAGAAUAUACAGAUGGUAAUGAUUUUAAAACAACAAAUCCUGAAUCAAUAUAUAAUGUUAUGGAUUUUACACGAAAACCAGUAUUUAUACAACGUUUACAUGCUGAUGGACCAAAAAUUGCAUUUGAUCCAACAAAUCAAGAUAUUCGUUCUAUGCUUCAACGUUGUAUAAAACAUAUUGUUAAUGGUGCUGCUAAUAUACCACGUAUUGAAUCACAUUUAUUUGAUUCAAAAACAAAAUUACUUAUACGUCAUGUACGUAUUGAUGAAGAAAUUGUUGAAAAUAUAACACAACGUGUACUAUAUGUAUUAACAAAAAAUAUACCUGGACCACAAUUAUAUUUACAUGAAUAUGAUCAAUAUCAAACAUUAUUAAAUAAUAAAUCUGAAUCUGAUACAAUUGAAUUUCUUCGUCAUACACAUGCACUUGAUGAAUUUGAAUUUGAAAUAAAACAAAAAACAGAAUUAGCUAAUGAAAUUAUGCUUAAACGUAUAUGGGCACCAUUAAAUUUAUUUAAUUUAGAUUGUCGUGAUCUUAAUGAUCAUUUAAUAAAAAUUGUACAAAAAUUACGAAAUAAAUUAGUUCAACAUUGUAUUGAUGAUAAUUCAAAAUUAAAUAAAGAAAUUGUUCGAGAAUAUGAUGAAAUAGCUACAACUGUUAGUGUACCAGCUGAUGAAACUGAAGAAUUAGUUAAAACAACUGAUUAUCUUAAUAAAGCAUUAGAAACUACAAUUUAUAAAUUAGCUCAUAAAAUUGGUGAAGCUAAAGAUCGAUUAAUGUUUUUAUUAGAAUAUGCACUUAUGUCACCGGAAGAUUUAAAACUUAAUGCACAAGUAUUUCAUUGGCCAGAAAAUAUAAUGAAUAUUUUAGAACUUAAUCAAGGUCGAUUAGCAGCUUUACGUGAACGAGCUGAAGAACGUUUACGUGAUCAUAUUCUUAAAUUUGAAAAGAAACUUGAAGAUUUACAAAAAGAUGUUGAUCUAUUUCGACGAAAAGAAGUUUUAAGUAAUGAAGAAAUGCGUUCAAAUGUUGAGAAAUUAGCUGAUAUUAAUAAACUUGUUGAAGAUUAUAAACUUGAAGGUGAAUUAAUUAAUCGUGAUCAAACAUUACUUGCUUGGGAAGUUACUUCAUUUCCUAAAUUACAAGAAAUAGUUAUUGCUAAAGAUCCAUAUGAAAAAUUAUGGAAUACAGCAUGGCAAUUUUAUACAUCUUAUGAACAAUGGAUGAAUGGAUCAUUUCGUGGUCUUAAUGCUGAAGCUAUCAAUGAUGAAGUACAAAAUAUGUGGCGUACAGUUCAUAAAUUACAAAAAUCAUUAACUGAUCAAGUUGGUCCUCGUCGUGUUGCUGAUUUAAUUAAAAAUCGUAUUGAUAAAUUUAAAGUUCAUAUACCAUUAUUACAAGUUAUAUGUAAUCCUGGUUUAAAGGAACGUCAUUGGGAUCAGAUGAGUCAUUUAGUUGGUCUUGUAUUACCACAUGAUGAAACAGCAUCAUUAAGUGAUUUAAUUGAACUUGGUUUAGCUAAAUAUGUUGAUAAAUUAGAUGAAAUUGGUGGUAGUGCAUCAAAAGAAUAUUCACUUGAAAAAGCAAUGUCUAAAAUGAAAGAGGAAUGGAAUGAAAUGUUAUUUACAUUUGUUAAAUAUCGUGAUACAUCAGCAUAUAUAUUAUCAGCUGUUGAUGAUAUACAAUUAAUGUUAGAUGAUCAUAUUAUAAAAGCACAAACAAUGUUAGGUAGUCCAUUUAUAAAACCAUUAGAAGAUGAUAUGCGUACAUGGUGUGAUCGACUUACUUUAUUGCAAGAUAUAAUUGAUAUAUGGCUUAAAGUACAAGCAGCAUGGCUUUAUCUUGAACCAAUAUUUAGUUCAGAUGAUAUUGUUAAUCAAAUGCCUGAAGAAGGACGAAAAUUUAGUACUGUUGAUAAUCAUUGGAAAGAAAUUAUGAUAAAUGCUGUUAAAGAUUCUCAUGUACUUGUUGCAACAAAUCAACCAGGAAUGUUAGAAAAAUUACGUGAAGGUUUUCGUUUACUUGAAGAAAUUCAAAAAGGUCUUAAUAAUUAUUUAGAAAAGAAAAGAUUAUUUUUUCCACGAUUCUUUUUUCUAUCAAAUGAAGAAUUACUUGAAAUAUUAUCUGAAACAAAAGAUCCAUUACGUGUUCAACCACAUUUAAAAAAAUGUUUCGAAGGUAUUAAUCGUUUAGAAUUUAAUGAACAACAAGAAAUAACAGCAAUGAUAUCUGUUGAAAAAGAAGUUGUACAAUUUAAAUCAACAAUUAAUCCAAGUAAAGCACGUGGUAUGGUUGAAAAAUGGUUAAUACAAGUUGAAGAUCAAAUGCUUUUAUCAAUACGUAUGAUAAUUAAAGAAGCAUUAAAUGCUUAUGAAAGUCGUGAUAGAAAACAAUGGGUUUUAGAAUGGCCAGGACAAAUAGUUAUAUGUGCAGGUCAAGUUUAUUGGACAAAAGAAGUUGAAGAAUCAAUAUUAAAUAAUACAUUAGAGGGAUUUCUUUUAAAAUCUAAUGAACAAAUUAAAGAUACAGUUAAUAUAGUACGAGGAAAAUUAGAAAGUGGACCAAGACGAACAUUAGAAGCAUUAAUUGUUAUUGAUGUACAUGCAAGAGAUGUUGUUGCAAAUUUAAUACAAACACAAAUUAGUAAAAUAACUGAAUUUAUUUGGAUAUCACAAUUAAGAUAUUAUUGGAAAACGGAAGAAGAAAAACUUAUGGUUAAUAUGAUUACAACUGAACUUGAAUAUGCAUAUGAAUAUUUGGGUAAUACAUCUCGUUUGGUUAUAACACCAUUAACAGAUCGAUGUUAUAGAACAUUAAUGGGUGCAUUAAAAUUAAAUUUGGGAGGUGCACCUGAAGGUCCUGCUGGUACAGGAAAAACAGAAACAACAAAAGAUUUAGCUAAGGCUGUUGCAAAACAAUGUAUUGUAUUCAAUUGUUCAGAUAGUUUGGAUUAUAAAGCAAUGUCAAAAUUCUUUAAAGGAUUAGCUCAAUCAGGUGCUUGGGCCUGUUUUGAUGAAUUUAAUCGUAUUGAAUUAGAAGUAUUAUCAGUCGUCGCUCAACAAAUUCAAUUAAUUCAACGAGCUAUAGCUGCUCAUCAAAAACGAUUUAUUUUUGAAGAUACUGAACUUGAACUUAAUCCAACAUGUUCUGUAUUUAUAACUAUGAAUCCUGGUUAUGCAGGUCGAUCAGAAUUACCUGAUAAUUUAAAAGUACUCUUUCGUACUGUAGCUAUGAUGGUGCCGGAUUAUGCAAUGAUUGGUGAAAUUAGUUUAUAUUCAAUGGGUUUUAUUGAUGCUCGUUCUUUAUCUGGAAAAAUUGUUGCAACAUAUAAAUUAUGUUCAGAACAAUUAUCAUCUCAACAUCAUUAUGAUUAUGGUAUGCGUGCUGUUAAAUCUGUCUUAACAGCAUCAGGAAAUUUAAAACAAAAAUAUCUCGAUGAAGAUGAAUCAAUCUUAGUUUUACGUGCUAUUAAAGAUGUUAAUUUACCAAAAUUUCUUGCUCAAGAUGUUCCACUAUUUGAAGGCAUUAUUAGUGAUCUAUUUCCUGGUGUUAUUUUACCAACACCUGAUUAUGCAGUUUUUCUUGAAGCUAUUCAUAAUAAUGCUAAACAUUUAAAAUUACAACCCGUACAAUUUUUUAUUGAUAAAAUUAUUCAAAUUUAUGAAAUGAUGUUAGUUCGUCAUGGUUUUAUGAUUGUCGGACCAUUUAUGGGUGGAAAAUCAGCAGCUUAUAAAGUUUUAGCUGGUGCAUUAGGAGAUUUAGAAGCUGCUGGAAUGAUGGAUGAACAUAAAGUUGUUUAUAAAGUUAUUAAUCCAAAAUCAAUUACUAUCGGACAACUUUAUGGAGAAUUUGAUAAGGUUUCACAUGAAUGGACUGAUGGUGUUCUAGCUACAACAUUUCGAGAAUAUGCCGCUAGUCAAACAUUAGAUAGAAAAUGGAUUAUUUUUGAUGGACCUGUUGAUGCUGUUUGGAUUGAAAAUAUGAAUACAGUUCUUGAUGAUAAUAAAAAGCUUUGUUUAAUGAGUGGUGAAAUCAUUCAAAUGAAUGCACAAAUGAAUUUAAUAUUUGAACCUGAAGAUCUUGAACAAGCAUCACCAGCAACAGUAUCACGUUGUGGUAUGAUUUAUAUGGAUCCAAAUCAACUUGGUUGGCGUGUAUUUAAAGAUUCAUAUAUACAAUAUGAAUUACCAACAUCAUUAACAAAAGAAGCACGUGAAUUAAUCAAUGAUUUAUUUGAAUGGAUGGUUGAUCCAUGUCUUGAUUUUCUUCGUUUUAAUUGUAAAUUUCAAUUAUCAACAUCAUCAAUACAUUUAACAUUUAGUCUUAUGCGUUUAUAUUCAUCGUUAAUGGAUGAAAUCGUUGGAGCUGGUACAACAGGACAUGAUGGAAAACUUUAUCCUGAAAUAAAUGCUAAUACACCGAAAUGGCUUCUUGAGUUAUUACAUCCACAAGAAAUAGUUAUUCGACCAGCAACUGCACAAUUAAAUACGCUUCAGAUGUUACUUUGGUUACAAGGUUUAUUUUUAUUUGCACUUAUAUGGGGUUUAGCUGGUACCAUAACGAGUGAUAGUCGAAAAAAAUUUGAUACAUUUUUGCGAGAUUUUCUAACGGGUACUAUGGAAGAAUAUCCAAAACCAAAAUCAAUUAAAUUUUCAAAAGCAAAUAUUUUUCCUGAACGAAAUACAUGUUUUGAUUUUUAUUUUGAAAAAAAAGCAGCUGGUCAUUGGCGUGAUUGGCCUGAUAUGAUAUCAAAAGAAGAUUUAACUAUUCCAGAUGGUGUUAGAGUUGUUGAUUUAAUUAUACAAACAGAUGAAACAGCUCGACAAACAUUCUUUUUAGAUACAUUUCUUUCACAUAAUAUUCCACUUUUAUUAGUUGGACCAACUGGUACUGGUAAAUCAGCAAUUAAUAAUUAUUUUCUUGUUCGAUUACCAAAAGAAAGAUUUGUUGCUAAUGUUGUUAAUUUUUCUGCUCGAACAUCAUCAAAUCAAACAAUGGAUACAAUCAUGAGUAAACUUGAUCGACGUCGUAAAGGUGUUUAUGGUCCACCAAUGGGUAAAAAAUGUAUUAUUUUUGUUGAUGAUUUAAAUAUGCCAGCAAAAGAAAAAUAUGGUAGUCAACCGCCAGUUGAAUUACUUCGUCAAUGGCUUGAUCAAGGUUAUUGGUUUGAUCGUAAAGAUACAUCAAUGAUAACACUACUUGAUCUUCUCUUUCUUGGUGCAAUGGGUCCACCAGGUGGUGGUCGUAAUACAAUAACUGGCCGAUUUUCUCGUCAUUGUAAUAUAGUAUCAAUCGAUUCAUUUAGUGAUGAAACAAUGCAAAAAAUUUUUACAUCAAUAGUCGAUUGGCAUUUUGCACGUGGUUUUGAAGCAUCAUUUCAACGUGUUGGUCGUUUACUUGUUCAAGCUACAAUGCAAAUAUAUAAAAAAGCUUGUGAACAAUUUUUACCAACACCACAAAAAUCUCAUUAUUUAUUUAAUUUACGUGAUUAUUCACGUGUUGUUAGAGGUAUAUUACUUGUACCAUCAAAUAAUUUAAAAGAAGAAAAAAAAUUAUAUCGUUUGUGGAUACAUGAAAUUUAUCGUGUAUUUUAUGAUCGACUUAUUGAUGAUGAUGAUAGACAAACAUUUUAUUCAACAGUUAAAGAAGUUAUGAAUGAAACAUUAAAACAAGAUAUAGGUAAAUUACUUGAACAUCUUAUACCAGCAAAUGCACCAUCACCAAAACAACUUCGUGAUGAACAUAUUCGUGCAUUAAUGUUUGGAGAUUUUAUAAAACCUGAUGCUGAUGUAAAACCUUAUGAUGAAAUAAUUGAUUUAAAACAAUUACAAAAAGUAAUGGAAACUUAUUUAGAAGAUUAUAAUGCUAUAAGUAAAAGUCCAAUGCAAUUAGUUAUGUUUCAAUUUGCUAUUGAACAUAUAUCACGUGUAUCACGUAUACUUAAACAAGAUCAAGGUCAUGCUUUACUUGUUGGUAUUGGUGGAAGUGGACGAAGUUCAUCAUGUAAAAUGGCAGCAUUCAUGGCAGAUUAUGAAUUAUUUCAAAUUGAAAUAACCAGAACUUAUGGAAAAAAUGAAUGGAGAGAUGAUAUUAGGAAAUUAUUUAGAAAGAGUGGAAUUGAAGGCAAAAGUACCGUUUUUCUCUUCAAUGAUUCUCAAAUUAAAGAUGAAUCAUUUAUCGAAGAUAUUAAUAUGAUGUUAAAUACAGCUGAUAUUCCAAAUCUAUUUCCUGCUGAUGAACGAGCUGAAAUAUGUGAUAAAAUGCAAACUAUAGCUCGACAAUUAAAUCGUAAAAUUGAAUCAACACCAAUGGCAUUAUAUAAUUUUUUUAUUGAACGUGUUCGUUCAGCUCUUCAUAUUGUUCUUGCAUUUUCACCUAUUGGUGAUGCUUUUCGUAAUCGUCUUCGUAUGUUUCCAUCAUUAAUUAAUUGUUGUACAAUUGAUUGGUUUACAUCAUGGCCUGAAGAUGCACUUGAAAUGGUAGCAAAAAAAUUUUUAGAAGAAGUUGAUUUAGAAGAUGAUAUACGUGCAAAUUGUGUUCUUAUGUGUAAAACAUUUCAUGAAAAUAUUCGUGUAUUAUCUCAAUUAUUUCUUGAACAAUUAUCACGACAUAAUUAUGUUACACCAACAUCUUAUCUUGAAUUAAUUUUAACAUUUAAAGAUUUAUUAAGAACUAAACGUAAUGAAAUUCAAACAUUAAAAGAUAAUUAUUUAAAUGGUCUUAAACAACUUGAUUAUGCACGUGUGGCUAUUGAUGCUAUGAAAAAAGAAUUAACAGAAUUACAACCAAAAUUAAAAGAAACAGCUGUUGUUGUUGAAAAUUUAAUGAUUCGUAUUGAACAAGAAACAGCUGAAGUUGAAGCACGUAAAGAAAUUGUUGCUGCUGAUGAAGCUGUUGCUAAUGAAGCAGCAGCUAAAGCUCAAUCAAUUAAAGAUGAAUGUGAAAAUGAACUUAUGGAAGCUUUACCAGCUCUUAAAGAAGCUGAAGAAGCACUUAAUACUCUCAAACCCAAUGAAUUAGUUAUUGUCAAAGCUAUGAAAAAUCCACCAAAUGGUGUAAAACUUGUUAUGGAAGCAGUAUGUGUUAUGCUUGAAAAAGCUCCUGAACGUAAAAUUGAUCCAGCAACACAAAAACCUAUCUUAGAUUAUUGGCCAACAUCAGUUCGACUUUUAGCUGAUAUGGAUUUUCGUAAAAAUUUACAAACUUAUGAGAAAGAUAAUAUAAAACCACAAGUAAUAAAACAAAUUCGUGAUCGUUUUGCUCAAAAUGCAGCAUUUCAACCAAUUGAAGUAGCAAAAGUAUCAGCUGCUUGUGAAGGUUUAUGUAAAUGGGUAUUAGCACUUGAAAAAUAUGAUCGUGUUAUAAAAGUUGUACAACCAAAACGUUUAAAAUUAGAAGAAGCUGAAGGAGCUUUAUCUGAACAAAUGACUAAAUUACAAGAAAAACAACGACAAGUACAAGAAUUAGAAGCACGUUUAAAAGCUUUAACAGAUGAAUAUGAAACAAAUGUACAGAAAAAAAAUGAAUUAGAAGAUCAAAGAAAUUUAUGUGAAAAAAAAUUAACACGUGCUGUACAACUUAUUGAAGGUCUUGGAGGUGAAAAAGAUCGUUGGACAGAUCAAGCAAGAAAAUUAGGUGAACGUUAUAUACAAUUAACUGGUGAUAUACUUUUAAGUGCUGGUGUUGUUGCUUAUCUUGGACCAUUUACUAUAAAUUAUCGUACAGAUUGUAUUCGUCAAUGGAUUGAUUUAUGUAGAUCAAAACGUAUUCCAUGUUCAGAUGUAUUCUCAUUAAAUACAACACUUGGUGAUGCAGUUAAAAUUCGUGCAUGGCAAAUAGCUGGUUUACCUGUUGAUUCAUUUUCUGUUGAUAAUGGUAUUAUAGCAACAAAUGCACGUCGUUGGCCACUUUGUAUUGAUCCUCAAUCACAAGCUAAUAAAUGGAUUAAAAAUAUGGAAAGAGAUAAUCGUUUAGGUGUUGUUAAAUUACAAGAUCCAACUUAUACAAGAACAUUAGAAAAUGCUAUUCAAUUUGGUACUCCGGUUUUAUUAGAAAAUAUUAAUGAAGAAUUAGAUCCUAUUUUGGAUAAUGUUUUACUCAAAGCAACAUUCAAACAACAAGGAGUAGAAUAUAUUAAAUUCGGUGAAAAUGUUAUUGAAUAUUCACGUGAUUUUCGUUUUUAUAUAACAACAAAAUUACGUAAUCCACAUUAUUUACCAGAAGCAUCCGUUAAAGUAACAUUAAUUAAUUUUAUGAUAACAUCUGAAGGUUUACAAGAUCAAUUAUUAAGUAUUGUUGCUGCUAAAGAAAAACCUGAACUUGAAGAACAAAAAAAUACAUUAAUUAUUCAAUCGGCUGAAAAUAAACGUAAACAAAAAGAAAUUGAAGAUACAAUUCUUGAAGUUUUAUCAUCAUCAGCUGGUAAUUUACUUGAAAAUGAAACAGCUAUACAAAUAUUAUCAUCAUCGAAAAAAAUUUCGGAAGAAAUUGAAGCAAAACAAAAAAUAGCUGAAGAAACACAAAAAGAAAUUGAAUUUACUCGUCAAGGAUAUUUACCUGUUGCUAAACAUUCAACAAUUUUAUUUUUCUGUAUAUCUGAUUUAGCAAAUAUCGAUCCGAUGUAUCAAUAUUCACUUGUUUGGUUCAUUAAUUUAUAUGUAAUGUCAAUUGAAAAUAGUGAAAAAUCAACAGAUUUACAAGAACGUAUUCGAAAAUUAAAUGCUCAUUUUACUGAAUCAAUUUAUCGAAAUGUUUGUCGAUCAUUAUUAGAACGACAUAAACUAUUAUUUUCAUUUAUACUUUGUGUACAAUUAGGAAAAGGUCGUGGAGAAGUUGAUGAUAAUAUAUGGCGUUUUCUAUUAACUGGUGGUGUUGGUUUAGAUAAUCCAUAUCCAAAUCCUGCUUCAGAUUGGUUAAAUGAUAAAUCAUGGGCAGAAAUUGUUCGAGCAUCAGAAUUACCAAAUUUUCGAAAUUUAAUGGCACAUGUCAAAGAAAAUACAAAUAAAUGGAAAAUACUUUAUGAUUCACCAACACCACAUGAACAAUCUUAUCCAGAUGAUUAUGAAAAUCUUCGUUCAUUAGAAAGAUUGGUUGUUUUACGUUUAUUUCGACCAGAUAAAAUGGUACCAGCUGUACAACAAUAUAUUAUAAAACAAAUGGGACAACAAUUUGUUGAACCACCUACAUUUGAUUUACCUGGAUCAUAUGCUGAUUCAUCAGCAACUACUCCACUUAUAUUUGUUUUAUCACCAGGUGCUGAUCCAAUGAUGGCUUUACUUAAAUUUGGUGAAACAAUGGGUGUUUUUGAUGAACGAAUUAAAACAGUUUCACUUGGUCAAGGACAAGGUCCUUAUGCUCAAUCAUUAAUAACAGAAGGUGUACAAAAAGGUACUUGGGUUGUUUUACAAAAUUGUCAUUUAGCUGCAAGUUGGAUGCCGAAAUUAGAGAGAAUAUGUGAAGAACUUCUAGUACCAGGCAAAGUUCAUAAUGAUUUUCGUCUUUGGUUAACAUCUUAUCCAUCAGAUCUAUUUCCUGUCACCAUAUUACAAAAUGGUAUUAAAAUGACCAAUGAAAGUCCAAAAGGUUUACGAGCUAAUUUACUUCGUUCAUAUUUAAAUGAUCCAAUAAAUGAUCAAACAUUUUUUAAUGAUUGUAAUAAACCAGAAAGAUGGAGAAAACUUUUAUUUGGUCUUUGUUUUUUUCAUGGUCUUGUACAAGAACGAAGACAAUUUGGUCCAUUAGGAUGGAAUAUUCCAUAUUUUUUUGAUGAAUCUGAUCUUCGAAUAUCUUUACGACAACUUCAAAUGUUUCUUAACGAUUAUGAGGAUUUACCCUUGGAAGCGAUAUCAUAUUUAUUUGGUGAAUGUAAUUAUGGUGGUCGUGUUACAGAUGAUAAAGAUCGUCGUUUACUUCUUUCAUUAUUAUCUGUUUGUAUCAAUGCUGAUGUAGUAAAUACAGAUAAAUAUCAGUAA